AAGACGGAUACCAAUAGUGAUCCCAGACAUACGGACUAUUCGGGACACAAAAAGCGACUUGCCUCGUCCUGUGCGCUAGGAGUCGGAGGGUUGUCAUUACCUGAGGAACCCCGUUUAACGGAUUAUGAGUUCCGGUGCCCGGAAAUGCUUCCCCUUCGUUCUCCUUCUCUCAUUCGCACUCAUCUCAUCUUAACGACGUUUUGCGAGCCAUUAUAUCUUGCAGUCAGUUGUAUGCUGGCGUCAAACUUUUAGCAAUAUUUCAUGUUCAGCCGACCAUGUAUACGACUGCAGCCGGGUCUUGAUUGACCAGCAGCCUAGUCCGUCGGAAAUGGGGCUAACGGCCAAUCCUAAUAACGUCAAGUUUUCAAAUGUUCAAUUUGACCCCCAGUUACGAAGCAGUUGGGCUCAAGUAUCGCAUUGGUACAUGAAACCUCGAACCUGUUUUUUUUAAAUCAAUGACUUAGGAGUAAAGAUCGAUAACGAAGUACACUUACCCGUAUCUGUCUAAAACAUUUAGCCACGCUAACCGGGCAUCCCACCAAUACACGCCUUCAAUUCAUAUACGUUCCAGUAAUGCAAUAUUCAAGUGACGAGCGCUGUUUACAGCUUAUUUUGCUUACGUACGAUCCGUGUAUGGAUACAGCACUAGCGUCAUUUGAUAUCGGAGAGACCAAUGCCCAUGCGGUGCGGGGCCCGCACCAUUGGAAAAUCGUUUCGUUAGAAUCUUGUAAAAUGUAGCGUGAUGUCAUAUCAAAUAGCCGAACAGUUGAAUGCACGUUAUGUUUUAAAGUUCAGCUGGCCGCUGCGACGCUUGCUGUAAAUAUGAAGCUUGAAAUGGCUCGCACCUAUAGCCCGUCUUUGGCACCGCGAGCGCGUAUAAACGGUGUGGAUGCUUAUCUCCUAUGCAGGCUGCCGGGAGAGGCAAGCCUUUUUUAUUACUGAUUCGUGCGAGACAGCCUUUUUGAGGACAGUCUACACCUAUUCAAGUCUGAGUACCUCUGCCAUGCUUCAUAUUGGUAUCUUGGUCCUUUAUAUCGUAUUAUUUACUUUAAAAAUGGGGCACUGGUCCGAAUCAUGGACAUUAAAUGCUGACCUCAAGGCUUGUGGAGCACAGGUCUGUUCGUGAUCAGCUGGAUAUAGGCCUGAAUAAAUUGCCCUCCUGUGCGGCACCUAGACCACUCCGGAGCAGUGAUGACCGAAAGCCUGCGCCACCAGACCACUCCGGAGCAGUGAUAGCCGAGAGCCUGCGCCGCCAGACCACUCCGGGGCAGUGAUGACCGAGAGCCUGCGCCACCAGGCCACUCCGGGGCAGUGAUGACCGAGAGCCUGCGCCACCAGGCCAUUCCGGAGCAGUGAUGGCCGAGAGUCUGCGCCACCAGACCACUCCGGAGCAGUGAUGACCGAGAGUCUGCGCCCCCAGACCACUCCGGAGCAGUGAUGACCGAGAGUCUGCGCCACCAGACCACUCCGGAGCAGUGAUGACCGAGAGCCUGCGCCACCAGACCACUCCGGAGCAGUAAUGACCGAGAGUCCGCGCCACCAGACCACUCGGGAGCAGUGAUGACCGAGAAUCUGCGCCACCAGACCACUCCGGAGCAGUGAUAACCGAGAGUCUGCGCCUCCAGGGACCUGAUGCGGCUGAUCGAGGCCACUGGCGCCACCAUCGCCUCGCAGGCGGACGCCAUCAACUCGGCAGAGCUGGUGGUGGUGGCCGUGGCGCGUCGCUUUUACGACGCGUUGCCGCUGGCGCUGCUGCAGAACAAAGUCCUGGUGGACGUCAGCAACCGUGACGACGCGGUGCGCCGUCGCAGCGUGCUCUCCAACGCUGAGUACCUGCAGGAGCUGGUCCCCUCAGCACGUGUCGUCAAAGCAUUCAACGUGCUGUCCGCCUAUCUGCUGGAAACGGGCGGCAUCCAAGGCAGCAAGGAGGUUCCACUAGCGACCGACUCAGAGAGCGCUCGGGCCAAGGUGGUCCAGACCGUGCGGGACCUGGGCUUCACUCCUGUGGACAUGGGCCCCCUGCGCCAGGCCCGGCACAUCGAGGAUAUCCCGCUACACUUCUUCAGGCAGUGGAGGGGCGCGUUCAUAGUCGUCGCGGUUAUUUUUCUCGUCGGAUAUGUUUUGAACUUCAUCAAGUUCCAGCUGUGUCACAACCUGACGAAAAACGAGACCUGGGACUGGUCCGUGUUCAAACAAAUUCUGAUGACAAACUUCAACCGCAACCUGGGAGUUGUCGCCCUCACAAUACUUGGUGCCGUAUAUAUGGCAGGCAUCAUAGCUGCUUUCCUCCAGUUGUACCGGGGCACAAAAUAUGCGCGCUUCCCCGCCUGGCUAGACAGGUGGCUGCGCAUGCGCAAACAGCUCGGCCUGCUGAUGCUAGCAAUGGCUGCUACGCACGGCUGUAUGUCGCUGGGCAUCUAUCACCCACAUCACCAGUAUGACUGGCUGUUCGAACCGCCGAAGACAGUCAGAGCCGAGGUCAAGGUCAACGGCACCUUCGAGGUGCAAACGGUCGACAUCUGGCAACAUCACCCCAACUGGCGAGGAGAGGUUUUUCUUACCCUGGGGGCUGUGACGCUCUGUCUGCUGAGCAUCCUGGGCAUCUCGUCCCUGCCGUCGGUCACCGACCGACUGACCUGGCGCGAGUUCAGCUUUAUCCAGUCCAAGCUGGGCUGGACGGCACUCGUGGCCGGCUUCCUGCACAACCUGGUGCUCGGCUGGGACUACAUGCUGACCGCCUACGACUGCUACUUCCCCACCGGCCUUCAGUACGCGCUGUAUCUGCCGCUACUCUGCUUCAUCGGCAAGCUGAUUCUGCUGGUGCCGCCGGUGAACCGGCGUCUGGUCAACAUCCGGUCCGGACUGAUUAGCCGGCCGGUCUCACAGGCGUGAGCAAGUACUGCCGCGAUGGCCGUGGCGGACUCCCGAGGAGUCCACGUGGCGGGACUCCCGGGGGAGCGGCGUGGCGGGACUCCUCGGAGGAGCGGCGUGGCGGGACUCCUCGGAGGAGCGGCGUGGCGGGACUCCCGGAGGAGCGGCGUGGCGGAAUUCUCGGAGGAGCAGCGUGGCGGGACUCCCGGAGGAGCG